AUGGCCGACGUACGCUCCAUGCUCAAAGCUUCCCGUGAAGCACGACGAAUCAACCACCCAUAUGCCUCAUACACAGCCGACGGGAAGCUCCUCUGCAACCUCUGCGAAACGACAAUCAAAACCGAAAGCGCAUGGCAGUCGCAUCUUCAUUCGACUCAACACAUUGCCCGGCAGACUAGAGCGAGAGAGGCAGCAGAAUCACAGUCUGCAAGUGGUACGGCGAAUAACAAGAAGCGUAAAGCAGACGCUUCGCCUGAAGAUGCAAAGAAGAAGUUGAAGGCUACCGUGGUACCGCCCAGUGGAGAAGAAGAUGAGGAAGAACAGGGGCCGCUGGAGACAAACGGUCAUGGGAUACCUUCAAGAUCUCGGAAAGAAGAAGACGAGAAAGCCUCUGAUCCAAACGAACUCGCUGCGUUCGAACAGCAACUCAUGCAAAUGGAAGCCAGCAUGAAGAAGACACAGCCGGAACCUACGAUAUCAGCACCGCCCAUGACGGCUGAAGAGAUUGCCGCACAAGCGAGAGAGGAACAAAGUACGCAAAGGGAGAGGAGAGCGGCGGAGCUGGAAGCUGAGAAAGAGGAUGCGGCGCGGGUUUUGGAGGAUGAGUUCGAAGAGAUGGAGGGGUUGGAAGCGAGGGCAAGGAAGUUGAGGGAAAGGAGAGAGAUGUUGAGGAAGGGGAGAGAAAACGGGGCCACAACAGAGGCGGCAAUUGAGGUGGAAGCACAGACGAAUGGGACAGUCGAGGACGGCGGUGGCGGGCACGGGGAAGAUGAUGAAGACGACGAAGACGACGAAGACUUUGAUGAGUGGGAAUUUGGCGCACAGUGA